CUCGGCAGCUGCCAUUGCUGUGAGGAAAGAGGAGAGGGAAAGACCGAGAUAGAGGUGAGGAGGACAGAAUAAAAGGGGGGAGGGAGUGACAGAAAGGCGGAACGGCUGGAGAAAGAAGAACAGGGAUAGCUGUCUCUGGAGGAAAUAAACUGUGAAGGGCUGUCGUAGCGGGAGGAAGCGGGCGUACUAGCAGCGGCUCUAUGGCUCAGUCGGCUGCUAACGGUGUGGACCAGGAUGUGGCCAGCAAGAGGCUGCACUCAAGGAUGGAAGCCUCCUGCUUGGAGCUUGCCUUGGAAGGAGAGCGGCUGUGCAAGGCCGGGGAUUUUAAAGGGGGGACAGCGUUUUUUGAAGCAGCCGUGCAGGUCGGCACAGAAGACCUGAAGACACUAAGUGCCAUCUACAGCCAACUGGGCAACGCCUACUUCUACCUGAAGGAGUACGGCAAGGCCCUGGAGUACCACAAGCAUGACCUUACUUUGGCAAGGACAAUAGGAGACAGGAUCGGAGAGGGCAAAGCCAGCGGUAACCUCGGUAAUACAUUAAAAGUGUUGGGGCGCUUUGAUGAGGCUGUCGUGUGCUGUCAAAGACAUCUGGAUAUUUCCCAAGAGCAGGGUGACAAGGUGGGAGAGGCCCGAGCUUUGUAUAAUAUAGGCAACGUGUUUCAUGCGAAGGGCAAACAGCAGUUAUGGGGCUGCACCCAGGAACCUGGAGACCUGCCUCCUGAUGUCAGAGACACACUGCAAAGGGCUACUGGCUUUUAUGAGAUGAACUUGUGUUUGGUUAAAGAACUUGGAGACAGAGCUGCUCAGGGCCGGGCCUAUGGAAACCUUGGAAACACUCACUAUCUACUGGGAAACUUUGUUGAAGCUAUCAAGUUUCACCGCCAGCGAUUAUCCAUAGCCAAAGAAUUUGGGGACAAAGCUGCAGAGAGACGAGCCUACAGUAACCUUGGAAAUGCUCUGAUAUUCUUGGGCCAGUUCAACACAGCUACAGAGUACUACAGGAAAACAUUGCAGCUGUCCAGGCAGCUGAGGGACCAGGUGAUGGAGGCCCAGGCCUGCUACAGCCUUGGAAACACCUACACCCUUCUACAGCAGUAUGAGAGGGCCAUAGACUACCACCUUAAACACCUGUACAUCGCUCAGGAGCUUACAGACAGAGUCGGUGAGGGCCGUGCCUGCUGGAGUCUGGGGAAUGCGUAUGUGUCUUUAGGAAACCACAAACAAGCUCUUCACUAUGCCAGAAAGCACCUGGACAUCUCUAAAGAAAUCGGAGACAGAAACGGAGAACUGACUGCCAGAAUGAAUGUGGAACAGCUGAUGGAGGCCCUGGGUGUCAAUGAGAGCGACCUUUCACCCUCCAGUUCAGAGUUUGAGAUGCAAGGAGCAAGACCCAAGUUCACCAAGAGAAACAGCAUGGACAGUGUAGAGCUGUGGAAGUACUCAACAGACAAGAAUGGUGAAAACCAGGACUUAGAAAGUAUACCAAGAAGAUCCAAGAGUCACAUGUCACAGCCGGGUAAAAGAAAAGGCUAUCCUGACAGCCAGUCAUCAGACGAACGGCCGUGGUUGGACUCGCCCCUAGACACUGAUGACAUCACUUUACAAGUCCCACCUCCAGUGCCAAAGCUGGGCCGUGACCCCUCAGAUGAGGACUGCUUCUUUGACCUCCUCAGUAAGUUCCAGAGCAGCCGCAUGGAUGACCAGCGCUGCAACCUUGAUGAGCCACAGAACGGAGACAACGGAGAAGGUGCUGCAAACUCGAUGCCGUCCCUGAACGAGAUGAUAGAUCCCUCAAUCACAACCUCCCCCCAGACUGAGGAGCUGUUUGAUUUGAUUGCUAGCUCUCAGAGCCGUCGUCUCGAUGAUCAGCGGGUCAAUGUCGGGAAUCUUCCUGGCUUGAGGAUUACUCACAACAAUCUGGGUCACUUGGUGGGUGAAGGAGAUCAUCAAGAGCCCAGUGAUGACUUCUUCAACAUGCUAAUCAAGUGCCAGUCCUCCCGGAUUGAUGAUCAGAGGUGCUCCCCACCAGAAGCCGGCCCCCACGCCCCCACAGUGCCUGAUGAAGACUUCUUCAGUCUUAUCCAGAGGGUGCAGGCGAAGCGUAUGGAUGAGCAGCGCGUCCAGCUGCCCGCAGACGACCAAGAUAGCCCUCAGUCCCCUGAGCCGGACUCACCCGGUGGUCUCUCUAGCUAGGACUUUGUGAAUUUACACCGCGCAAAUUCAUGUCAAAGAGAAUGAAAGCAGAAGAAAUGAGAGAAGGAUGAGCCAAUGUUUAAAGACAGCACUGAAGGGUGAACUAACAAGUUUUUUUAAGUAACAAGACAAAUUCCAUGUGCAAUAGGUGGUGCCCUGUCAAAUGUUCGCUCAGUGUGUUAUGCUCUAUGUGUGUGUAAAUAUAACAGGAAAGCAGGCAGAGUUUAAGCUAGUGAUGAGGAGAGAAAGAGAUGCGCUUUGGGACGUGAAAAAUGAAACACAUUCUCAAUCUAAUGCCUUAAUCAGCAUUUUUUCAGACUCAAGAUUGUAUUCCCUGGUGUCAAAUGUGUUUUUAUGGUAACACAUGAUGGGCAUACAGUGUUAUAUGGAUGAUUAAUGUUGAGACUUUAAGCACAAGCUGUGGAAAUCAAAGAAUAAAUGAUAAAAACAGAUUAAAUGACAACAUAAGAGGGACAUAUUUGCACUGAAAUAUGAGCCAGCUUCAUAAAGAACUGAAUGAUAAUUUAUAGAUAGAGUUAGUAUCAAACAAGUUAAACUCCAAUAUCUAUUGGCUCAGUGACACUUAAAUUAUCACUGCUUUUAUCAUUUAUUCUCAUGGUUUCCACAACUUAUACGCUGUUUUCACACAUGCACUCCUGAAGGUUUCUCAGAAAACUCUGAAAUCUUCCAGAAGUGGAAGUUUUCCCUGACAGGUGUGGAGGGUUUGGGGUCUUAGAUGACAUAAAAGAACGCAACAGAAAUCCAAGAUGGCACCAGAGUUUAAAAAAAGUGUGUCUAGUACAGUUGUUCCCAGCCAUUUUUCCUUGGAGCCCCCCUACUUGUUUCAAAGACAAGCUGAGCCCACCAAAGACCCUAACAAAAAAAAUUAUAUUGCCCUAUGGUUGCCAAAUAUCAACAUCCAUUUAAUUUUUUCUUUUUCUUUUAAAUAAAACCAUAAUGAAGAGGCUCUUCACAGGUUUUUCUAACCAACAGACCAUUUUAUACACUGUUUGUUAAGUGUUUUUUCAUGAUUUUACAUAAUAUUUGCAAAUCUAAUUUUGACAACCUCAGAGCAGACAAGACCUGACAUCUUUGGCGCCCCCUAGGGGAUCCUGGAGCACAGGUUGGAAACCACUGGUCUUAUACACCAGAUUUUACAGUAAAGAUGUAUAUUUUGGGCAUUGUAAGCCUUUGAUGGGAUGAGAGAGUAGGGGAGAGCUAUGCUGGAAAGGGGCCACAGGCUGGACUUGAACCAGGGCGCCCUCUUACAUGAGGCGCAACUUAACCACUUGGCCAUCUGUGCCCCUUAGACACACUUUUAAUAACCAUUUUCAGUCCAAAAAAGUUGGCUGCACCCAAUGCACUGGUGAGACCAAUAUUGGAGUAUAAAAUGCUGAGAUGAGUGCUGUCAUUACAGCAGAUGUCUCUGCCACCAUCCUCUUUGCAUUGCAGUCAGCUGUCUCAAGCUUAAAGUGCGUCUCCCUUGUUUGGUCAUGAGUAAUUAAAGAAAAUGUUGGCAUACUGUUAAGUAGUGAUGCAACGAUGCAUUGGUUAAACACAGGCAUCUACCGAUGUCGCUGCUGUUGAACAACAUCAGCAAAUAAUGAGGCAUGAACAGAAAUCAGUUGCUAGUCUUUUAUGUUGUGUCAAAUCAAUUUAAUGAAGGUUUGUGGUAUGCAUACAGUUAACUCAAAUAAGAGAUUAUUUACGCUGCAGAAGUCACCCGUCAAACAGAUCUGUUUUCAAGAUCAAAGAUGUGAGAAAAUGUUGUUAUAGUGGGUUGAUUACACCAAAAGAAGUAAUGUAAAAAACACAGGCAAUGGCAACUGGAUACAUUUUAAUAAUCAGUAUUAGCCCUAAGUUUCAUAAUUAGUGCAUUUGCUCUCAUGAAAAUUAACCUUGUAGAGUGAUGAGCAUUGAGUCGAUUCCACUGUGCAGUCUGGUUCAGUUUGGUAAAGCAUGGUACGUGUCUAUUUUCAUUCCACUAUCAACAGUUAGAAAGAGUCCCAAAUAACUGACCUGAAUGCUCCCACAUUUUUUGGCACCCUUCUGUAGGGGUGCCAAGCUUACCUACCUGUCCCAAAAAGGUCAGUCUGCAAACACAAUUGAGGGUUGCACUAACAUCACUUGCAAUCGACUGCUCAUCCAGGCUGCAAAAAAUGCCUGUCUGCUCUAUGAGGGGUGUGUGAAAGCAGGAGAAAAACAGGGUAAUAUCCACUUGGAUUAGUGAUAUUUGGCUUGACAGAGACCCAGUGACGUUCCCUGGACCAUGGACCUUGGUUUGUGGCCAGAAACCAAGUUUUCUGAUGUUUAUAUGGACUUCAGUACAAGGACUCAGCAGAGCCUAAGGGCUCACAUCAGCCUGGUUCAUCAGUGAUGGCUGCAGAAGUGCAUUAAUGAUGAAGUUUUGUUAACAUGACACUUUAAAUCAGCUGUUUCUCUGUACUGUAGCGAUUUAUUUACAUAUUUUACUACAGGAUCACUGCUGUUAUUCAAUCUAUUUGCAAAACUUCAGGCUGUAGCCUAUUUAAAAACAAGAUUGACAUAAUUAGGAUUUCUUACUUAAUCUUGUUUGAUUUGAACACUAGAUAGAUACUUCAAAUUCAACGUAAUUUACUUUUAAUGUGAUAAAUUCUCACAGGACAGCUUUCAACUUUCAUAUGUUAUCAUAUAAACUGUAAAAGUGUUAGAUACCUUCACUUCAUGAAACUUUAAUGAUGAUAACGUCAAUAUUUAACCAAAUAUAAAUCCCUUUAAUCUACAUAGACUUCUUUAUUUAGUCUGUGAUAAUCACUGAUGGACGUGACUUAAGUUCAUGACCAAAUUAUUUGCUGAUGGCCAAGGGUUGACGAUAUUUGCCAAUACUGUGUCUUUUCUGCUACAUUCAUACAUCAUCUCAACCUGACCUCACAGAAAUUGUCCAAGGAGUUGACAGGAAAAAAGUUGGGAUGAAAAAUUCUACUGUUUGCUCUUACAUAAAUAGCUAAUACUGUUUGUGGGAAUCUUGCAGGACUUGAGUGCAUGUGUGAAAACACCCAUAGAAUCUUGGUGCAGCAACAGUAUUAGGGAUGUCUUUUCAGUGUUAAACUGCAUCGAUCAGUUUAAACUUUCCACUGACUGAUAGCUAUGCUUCAUGUUUUCUGGCUUAGACAACAACGGGAUCCAUUUAUUGAUAGACUGAGUGAAACUGGAUUAUUUUCAGUGCAUUUUAUGAAAAUGCACAUCUUUGAACAGUAUACAGAAUCCAAGGUUACUGACGCUGCUUUCUUAUAGAUUCAAGAUUAGAGUCUUGGGAUAAUUCAAGCUCCUUAAUGUUUCUGCUUAGCUUCUGAAGUAACGCUAUAUCUGCUGCCCGUAAUGUUCUCUACAUCUGAUAACAGACUAUUGCUUACUGCCAUUAUCACUAUCACUUUACAUAGAAAUAGAGGCAGAUGGAUAACAUGGAUGUCUUAUAUUAGAGAAUCUAAUACCAUGACUCACUAAUACUAGGUUGUGCUGCCCCCCUGUGGUUAAAACCUUGUAUUACCUCUGAAAUACAAAGUGCAGUCUGUUUGGUGGAUCAAACACAUAAAAAUAGUAUUCUAACACUCUCAAAUUAUGACGAGUCAGUCACUUCUCUCUGGUUUGAGCAGCUGAAUUUGCCAACACGGACGAUAUGUGGAGAUUUUUGUUGAUUAGAGUGCAUUAUCAAAAUCAGUAGAAGUUGGUGUACGUCUCUAUCUAUUUAUAAAGAAAGUCCCAAGAUAAGAGAACUGCAGAAAUGAAUUUGUAAUCUGUUUUAUGGUACUGUACAAAAAGUACUCAACCUGACCAAUGGGCUUGCUUUUUAUUGAACAGAAUAGCAUACCUCAUUUUGUACCUCAAAGCUUAUGAACCUUAGUAUUCUGAACCAGGAUGGAUCAUAUUCCAACUUUAUAUGUUUGAUUCAUCUAUCUUUGAUAAACAAGACAUUGGGAGCUGAAGUUAAUAUUUUCUUCUUUUUUUGUGAAUUAACAUUUUUAGACAGUACCUGGUACGCUUCUAUUUGUCUCUGCCAUAAUUUGUACAUAUAAAUAUAUUUUGUAUUUAUGUUCCAUUUGAGGACAUGAAUUUGUCCCUUCAUGCUUUUAAUAAAAUGUUUCAGAUGUU